GUAGCACAUGUUUCAAGUGCCAAGCUCAGGCCUGAAUACUAAUUAGUGUUCGAAGAGACAAGUUUAGCUUCAAUUGCAAAAGUAGAAAAAUACCAGACAACAUGUCAUCGGUAAGCUCGGAUGUUAUAAUUAAGCAUAAUGGGAACGGAACCUCAAUUGUCACGACCUUGACGGAGUUGCCGUCCGAAAGCGGCAGCUCAAACGAAAACAAUACGGCCCUUGCCAAUAAGGAACUGUUUAUCGCGACUGUGGAAGAUGGCAUCAAUACGGAAAAAGGUGCUGGCGCAGUACAGGACCAGGAAUGUGUCUAUUACUGCGGCUGGUUUAAUGUACGGCCACGGUGGAUUCAGAGGUUUAUGACCCCUAAAUGGGCGCUAUUUUGGCUCUGCUGGGCCGGAGCUGUGCAAGGACUAGUCGUCAAUGGUUUCAUCAACGUUGUCAUCACUACGAUCGAACGGCGCUUUGGACUGAGAUCGACGCAAACUGGUCUCGUAGCGAGCGGGUACGACAUCGCGUCCUUCCUGUGCCUGGUGCCGGUGUCUUACUUUGGCGGCCGGCUUGGGGCUUCCAAACCGCGCUGGAUCGGCUGGGGCGUCGCUGUGAUGGGUUUGGGAGCAUUCGUGUUCGCACUGCCGCACUUUUUAGUCGGACAGUAUCGGGCAACCAACUCGGAGCAGAAUGUGUGCCUGGCUACAGCGACCGCCGCCGUCGAACUACUUGCUAACAAUACUACAGCAAAGGCAGCGCGAUUGCUGGGGGAGACUUGUACACUAGACGGAGAAAACCUUGCCGGUACUGGCGGAGAUAACAGUGAAAAUCUUUCCUGGAACGUUUGGUUUUUCUUCACUGCCCAACUAUUACUGGGAGCGGGAGCCUCCCCGUUGUACACCCUUGGUGUUACGUACAUCGAUGAGAACGUAUCUAAGAAAAUGUCAUCUGUUUAUUUAGGAAUCUACUAUACUAUGGCCGUCGUAGGCCCGGCAGCAGGCUACGUCAUCGGAGGACAACUGCUUCUUUUCUACACGGAUAUGUUUGUGGUAGACUCAUCGGCAUUGGGUCUUACACCCCACAGCAAGGUUUGGGUCGGUGCCUGGUGGAUUGGAUUCGUUUUUAUGGCUGCCUUCUGUCUGCUUUUGGCGAUACCGAUACUGGCGUACCCUCGAACUCUGCCCGGUUCGGAAAAGCUGGAGAAAGUUUCCGAGGCGCACAAAGGCGAUGCCGACCAGAACAAGCAAACGUUUACGAAGAUUCGGGAAAUCCCAAAAGCGCUGGUCGCACUGCUAAAGAAUCCGACGUUUUUCUUCCUCAACCUAGCAGGCGCCUCCGAGGGGCUGGUUAUAUCCGGCUUUGCUGUGUUUCUGCCUAAGCUGAUCGAAAACCAGUUCAGUGUGACUGCCGUGUGGUCCGCACUGUUGAUGGGUAUCAUCACGGUGCCAGCUGGCGGCGGAGGAACCUUUCUCGGUGGUUACCUUGUCAAAAAGCUAAACCUCAGCUGCUCGGGAAUCAUUCGCUUCUGUCUGUUCGCAACUGUUUUCGCCGCAUUGUUUACGAUCUGUUUCUUUCUGUCUUGUCCGAAUCUUACCUUUGCCGGCGUUACGACACCCUAUUUCCCCCAGGAAAAUCUGCACACGCCGGUGGCACGAUCGACUGAAUUGUUUGUACUGCCGAAAACACUGGAUAAUGCGUGCAACAGCAAAUGCUCGUGCAGCAAAAUGAACUACGAACCGAUUUGCGGUGCAGAUGGGGUUAUGUACUAUUCUCCCUGCCACGCGGGAUGCACUGCCGAGGUGAAUCUCGAAAAUACGAAAGUCUACAAGGAGUGUUCCUGCAUUAAUGCCACGUUCGGAUCGGAUGAACCGUACCGGAGCUAUGAAGCGGUGAACACGAUGUGCGAAUCAAAAUGCGACCUCCUGUGGGUGUUCGUUGUGCUGUGCUUCCUGGUGAUGUUUUUCACCUUUUUGGCCACGAUGCCGGCUCUCUCCGCCACGCUGCGCUGUGUUCACGACGACCAGCGUUCAUUCGCGCUCGGAAUACAGUGGAUCAAGGUGCGGGUGCUGGGCACGAUUCCGGCACCGAUGAUUUUCGGCCGGCUAAUAGACGAAACGUGCAUCCUGUGGCAGGAGUCGUGCGAUGACCACGGUGCUUGUUUAGUGUACGAUAAUGCAUUUAUGAGCAAGUAUAUGCUACUAUUGGCGCUGGUUGGAAAAGCGUGCUCAAUUAUAUUUUUCUUUGGUGCUUGGUUUUACUACAUUCCUCCGAAGGCUACACACAACGGUACUGAUAAGGACUCGUGUAAAAAGCAACAGGUUAACGGAGAGUCGAAACACGUGGAAAAAUACUGAAUACCUAACGGUUGAUAGAUUCUCUCUGCUUGUUUAUCUGCUCAAAUUGCGAUGUCGUGAAUGUAUGCGUGUCUAAUAUUCAUUAACAAACAAACAUCGGUUCCAGUCAUUCCAGUUCAUUAGCCAGUAGGUGAUAUAUUUGUAGCAAUAUCUACUAUUUUGUAUGUAGUAAAACUAAGCGGUAAAAUAACAAGAAACUCAUUUACAUUAUAAGAAAUGUGUGAUUAAAUAGGGUAAAGUAGAUAUUUAUUAUUCCGCUUCAAUCGAAGAAAUAAGUUGUUUCGACUCGAAUA